AUGGCAUAUGAAAGUUGCGAACAAUCAUACAAUUACCUGCCUGUAAGGUUGUCAACUGCUCAACAUUUUGUAUCAAGUACCAUACUAAAAUACAAAACUUCAUCUUCAAUGGAGGACGAUGACGAUGACCCUCCUAGGGUGAUUCUUAAUCAUGUAUUUUGGGCGUUUAACCCAUGCAUUGAAGGCUUCAAAUAUUGCAAGUCACUUGUGCAAGUAGAUGGGACAUUUUUAACUGGCAAAUAUCGUGGUACUUUGUUGACUACCAUUGGACAAGAUGGAAGUAGGAACAAUUUUCCACUUGCUUUUGAAAUUAUUGAGAGCGAGAUUAAAGAAGCUUGGAUGUGA